CAGCGUGGUCUCAGCGCUCGCCCCGCCCCGCCGCCUGGGGCCUGCGCACUGGAGCUUCAUUGUGUGACGCUUGCGCAGCUGCUGUCCUUCCCUCUCGUGGAAUUCUACUUUAUCAAUUCCAGUACAGAGACGGAAAAGAGCCCCACUCGUUCAGGGGACAACAUUCUUCACCCCGUUCCUCCCCAAAUUGUGUAUAAACUGUGGCUUUCCUACGAACUGCUCAGGCAGAAGGCGCUGCAGAAAGGGGAGAGAGCAAACCUGCUUCCCAAUGCUACGUUCCACUUCCCCGUCGCCUAGUAACUGUUUCCACGGCAACCGCGCGGUCAACAACGCUAGUCAAUCCCGAGAGGAAUAGAGAGUAUUUUCUUUUCUUCCCGAGAGAGGACUGCUGCAAGGGGUCAGAGGAGGAUUAUGUGAAAGAGAGGAACUUAAGUUCCUUGAGAAGGCAAAGAAGUAAGACAAGGGAAGCAGUAAAGAGAGAGAGGGAUAGAGUGAAAGCUGAGGACAGUAGUUGGAAAGGACUCGUUCGCUGGCCAUGGAUUCAACGUGCUCUUCUGAGAGCAUUUAUAACCUCAUUCCCAGUGCCUUGAAGGAGCCUCCCCAGCCUCCUAGGUAUACAUCAGUUUUUAAGGCAGCUGUAAAAGAUGACAUGAAAAAAUUUAAAACUGCAAUGAAAACUAUGGGGCCAGCAAAAGUCGAAGUACCUUCUCCAAAGGAUUUUCUCAAGAAACAUUCAAAGGAAAAAGCUCUACCACCCAAAAAAAAGUUUGACCGGAAUGAACCCAAAAAGCCUGCCGUGCCGUUGAGGACUGAUCAUCCAGUCAUGGGAAUACAAAGUGGAAAAAAUUUUAUAAAUACAAACGCCGCUGAUGUCAUCAUGGGAGUGGCUAAAAAGCCCAAGCCAAUUUAUGUUGACAAAAGAACUGGAGACAAGCACGAUCUUGAAACUUCAGGACUGGUUCCAAAAUACAUCAAUAAAAAGGAUUAUGGAGUCACACCUGAGUACAUAUGUAAGCGAAACGAGGAAGUAAAGAAAGCCCAAGAAGAAUAUGAUAAUUACAUCCAGGAAAACCUUAAGAAAGCGGCUAUGAAAAGACUGUCUGAUGAGGAAAGAGAGGCGGUUCUGCAGGGGCUGAAAAAGAACUGGGAAGAGGUGCAUAAGGAGUUCCAGUCCCUCUCCGUCUACAUAGAUUCCAUACCAAAGAAGGUCCGCAAGCAGAGGCUGGAAGAAGAGAUGAAGCAACUGGAACAUGACAUUAGUGUAAUGGAAAAGCACAAGAUUAUUUAUAUUGCCAAUAAGUCAUAACAGAUUUUUAAAACAUAAAGAUUUUUAAUGUAAGGAAAAAAUAUAGAAAAUACAAAAACAACAUUACAUUUUACAAAGAAGUGAUAAGUAAUGAGAGACUAAAAAUAGUCAAUCAAGAUGCUCAGGCAAUGUUUGAAGACUAUGAAAUUAUUCACUUAUACAAGAGGAAAACGUGUUUUCACUGGUGCUGUGUUUUCUAUGUAGAACAGUGUGAGGUUAUGUGUUCCAGUUUUGCAACGUAACUCAUUAUUAUUGUGUACUUGUUUCACAUAAAUACUAACUUCAGGGCCCCAAAAUAAU